UAGAUGGGGAAGUAAAAAGUUGGUGGAACGUCGACUAGAGGAGACAGGGGCGACAAGGUUGCCGUGAACGGAAGGGGUGGAAACGGACGGGCUGCGCGAGAAAAUCGGGGGUGGAGAGAGAGAUAUAGGAAGUGAAGAGUGGUGGUGUAGAGCAGAAGAGCGCUGGGGUGGAGGCGUUGGGUUGCCCGGGCGGGGAGCGGCAAAAACGAAGAUGGCGGACCUCGCGACGCCCGUCCUCCACUGACGGUUCGAAGAACGACCGGCGGUUCGUGUGACACCUGCAAAACUCCACGACUUUUCAUGUCAUUUUUUCCCCUGUCGUGGAUAUAUCUCGUUCUUCUGUCUAGGUGUCUGUUUUUGCAAAUUCGCAAGCAAAACCUAAAUAUACAAAUCGGGAUCCAAAAAAGUAAAGUGUACCUUUCUCCCUCUCUUUCUCUCUCACUCUCUCACACAAUCAGUCAAUUUUUCGCAAAGUGAUUUUCGAUUUGAAUUUUUUUUGAUUCCAGUGUGUCAAUGUACUGUAAGUUUGAUUGAACAAGAGUUUACAUCCCCGGCAAGGAAGAUGUAAAUCAAAGGGAUAAUGCAGGAUUAACGGAUAAGGAGGGAUUAGUCAUUGAGUAUCAGUGGAAUUAAGGAAAUUGAUGAUAGCUAUGUCUGUUACUGUUGAAUAGAUUUAUUUUAUUAGGAAAAAAAAAAAAUUAGAGUGUCGGUAGUAGAGUAAGCUGUUAAAAGGUUUUAAAAUUAAAAAGAGAUGGUAGUAAUGACUUGGUGAUGAUUCGCGUGAAUUAAGUGACUGAGGUGUGAGUGUGUGUCGUAUCAGUGAAAAGGUGGAUAAGAAGACUUGUUUGAAAGUUAAGAAGUGACAACUGCAGGAUCAGUUGAAAUUAGGAAGAGGUUGAUCAGAUCAUUUGGAAAGCAUUACGAUGAAGGUCGAAGCAGAAGAUGGAUUCGUCUGAGUAAGUCGAAUUAAUCUACGACCUAUAGUAAUGCCGCGAAGGUGCGCGCGCGCGCGGUUAUGUCGUAACACGGUGCCGUCCUCGAGUCGCGAGUGCUAAUACUUAACCUCACUUUCGUAUCGCGUAGUAGUGCGUGCUCGACCCUGUCGUGAUACGACCUACAUAGAGUGACGUGCUGACAGGUUAGAAGGGACGUGACCUCGUCACAUCCGUUCGAGGGUGUGUCCCCAUGGGGUGUCGCGUUCGGGUCCGAGGAUUGUCGCCUGAUACACGUUCAUCAUCAUCAUCAUCGUGGUCGUCGUCGUUGUGCGUCUUUCGACGAGUGUGAUAAUCGGCGGUGACGAAGUGAUAGAGCGUGGUGGUAUUGCCGCGUGUUCAUGAUGCAGCAUGAACCUCAGUGUCUUGUUGUGGAAGCUCGCGAGCCUCGGCAGGGGGACUACGUGCAGCAAGAGGAGCAGGUGUCCAGUGGCAGGCACUACUACUGGGAGAGGGUGGUCAGUGUGUUGGAAGAGGACGAGAGUUCGUCGGUGCUGCUGUCACAGCUACAGCAGCAACAGCGAGCUGUCGAUUGUGCAUCGCUGGCCCAGGGGAACUUCUAAGGGCCCCGCCAACCCGGACCGUACAGGCAGGCUCCUGGUCCAUCGGCCCGGGACACGCACGAGCGGGGCUGAUUCCGUCGAGAGGAGAGCCGCCGGCGGGCGAGUCAGACGACCCUUUCUCUGGAUCGUCGACCACAAGAUCGUGGAGGCAAUACGAGAACCAUCAGGGGAUAGCAGAUGUCAAAUCCGUCAUCAGGGGUUCAACGAAAUUUGGAAAGGACCCAUGCAAGGUGCACGGGUCAUCGUGGAGGAAGCUGUAUGCGAGGAAAGCGCACCGUCAGAAACCAGAAAUAAGAGGCUCCAGCACCAUCAGUUAUCGGAAUCAGUACCGUGUUUUGGUGAGAUUCAGAGCCGUUCAGAACGGCACCAAGGCGAAAGCCAACAGCGUACGCGUGAGGCGAAAGGCGGGCUCAAGCCUUCCUGGCAGCGAUGCGGGGCCUCCCGCAGCACGGCAUACGCGAACACAAAACGCACAGCCUCUCCAUUUGCACUUGGAGAUACUCUCCUCAUCAUCGAGCGGUGUUCCUUGGACCCCCCGCAAAGUCACAAAGUGGGAUCACCAGGAAAAACGAAAGUUGCGCCUUCGUUCGGCGGUCCUCGUCGAGGAGCGUCGACGACAAAGACGUGGGGACCUCGAAAGAGUCCCCGAUCUCAUGCCCAUGCGACUCGACCCGCCCCGUGUCUCGGGACCACCCACUACCAGCAAAAGCAAAAUAUCGGCACCACAGGCUGAAUUUAAAUUAUCCUCCUUUAAUCACAUCCGUCAACAGUAUUCUCCAAUCUCACAUUCUUACUCUCACAAGCAUCAAACCGUUAAACAACCCACAGACAGAGAGACUGAUAACCUUGCCACAUCUUCUCACAUCCACAAUGCGGAUCAAACAGAUCAGCCGUACUCGUGUUUUGUCCCCACGUUACGUCAACGCUAUCAUCCAUAUUUUCAAAAAGAAUGGGUCACAAAACGAAGAAAAAUUCCCCACCGAAAGUCAUCCAAUUCUCUUGUGGACACAUCGACAGAUGAAAAGUUCAAAUUCUUGGGCUUACCUUUUAACAAUGUGCUUGCUUACACUGCCUUUAUUUACGACGAUAACGGCAAUUACGACGCAAAACAUGUCAAUAGUUACCAAACAGAAGUACCAAAUUUCAAAAAUCAGCGAAAACGUGAUACUCAGGAAGAAUACCGCCAAACGACCCUACAGACGAAAAUUGCGAGAAAAAAAUUUAUCAAUAAUAAUUUAUCAGAAACAACCACGUGCGUCGUAUUGCCAGGUGAAUAUUACAUCGAUGCCUUCAAGUCCACAAGAAUUAUCGCGAGUGAAACGAGGGUCGAGAGAUUUUUCAACGAGACUGAUGUUUGCGAAGAGAAUUUUUCACAUAUUAAAAGCAAGAGGAAAAAGACCCCUUCACGGUCUCACUGUUGUUAUAAAGACAAAGACUCGAGCACCAAUGACUUUAGAAACGACAAAAGUGACUACUUGUUUAAGAGCAGAAGACGAAACAAGAACAAAAGAAACCCCCACACUGCCCUACUCUCAAAGUCAACUAUUCACGAAUCUCGUGAAAGUAAACUUUCCCUCUUCAAGGAUACCAAUCCUUAUUUCUCAAAAAAUAAAAAAACAAAAGAAAGGAAUUUCCUGGGUAAUACAUUGUUUUUCAUCUUGUACUUUAUGGCAUUGCCCAUGUUGUGCUCUACGAAUCCCUCGGCUCAGGUCUCAUCGGCCUUGGCGCAAAAGUCGCCCCUCUCACGUAAUGAAGAUUACAUGCAACGUAACGGUUCAUUCAUGGCUCAUCAGUACAUUGCAAGUAACAAUUUGCGGCAAGGUCAGCAGCAAGUUGUUCAAGAGCGUCAAAAAGCCCAUCCUUACAACGAAUAUACUUGGGAGGUGAACCAAAUUAACCCGUGGCUGUCGGCAUGUGAUCUAGCGGGUCCAGCUCCAGCUGAUCUUCAGGGCAGUUGUGGUCCACCGGAGGUUCCCAAGUAUUGUCCAUUUCCCUGUAGGCCGAAGUCACCGGGUGAUAGUAACGCUGCCUUUCGUGAAGUCAUUGAAAGGCUUGAACUUGUCAGCGAUAAAAUUAAGAAAAGAAAAUCAAGAUCGUGGAGCAGUAUGAAAAGGCCAAUGGGUGAUAUUAAUGAGAGGGGUUCAAAUCGCGGUGGCAGGAAGUCGCGAGCGGACACAAGUCCUGGCAAUGGGGUGGCUCCGGAACAGUGCCUUUUUUACCUUGAGGAGUCGCAUAAGAGAGACAUCUGUCGGGAUGAUUUUGGUCGGGGUAGUCCGCUGAGUUUUUUAACCCCGAGGGAGAAUCGAUAUUGGUUCACGAGUGGCCUGCGUCUACGGCAUUGCUGCGAGCACGCGGUGGUUAACGCCCUGACGCCUGGCAAGGAUGGCCCGCUUGAAGAUGUUUUGAAUGGGGGCAAAAAAUGCGUUGAUGCCUUGGAUAAACUACUUCUAGUCGAUGCCCUCGCCGCCAGAUUACACUGCGAGUUUGAGGAGGUAUUGGCGCGAUACGACUGCGGGCAAUCGUACUCGGUCAUCCACAAUUGCACCCACUGCAAGGAAGCGUAUAGAAAAUGGGUGUGCAGCUCCCUGGUGCCUUACUUUGCUCAUGGGGGACCGCUGGAAUUGGAAUCCACGCAGAUAUCUUGGGCCGGAAAAAGAUUACGGCCCUGUCGGUCCUUCUGCCAAUCCGUGGAACAACGCUGUCCUUAUCUACUUCCGGGUGAUCGUGCGCCUGCAUACCCCACACAAUACGCAGGCGAACCUACAUUUCUUUGUCAAGAUCCUAAUAUUCCUGAAACGGGGGAACAAUCAGUGAGAGCAUUGCAUGGCGAUGAGAAGAAUGAAUGUUGCUUUCGUGUUUGUUCUGAAAAUGAACCAGGACUGGGUAUUUGCGCCAACUGUACAGAUCAAAAACCCCAUGGAAGUGUUGUUAUUUCCGAUCCUUCAACAGCACCUCAUUGCGAGAUUAAUCCUGUUACCAUUUCAUCUGGUAAAGGAGGUCAACAUCAAAAGCAGAUUGAAUUAAACGUGGUAGGCUCUUCAUCUUCUCCAUUGGACCAACAGCAACAGCCUCAAUCACAGUCGCAGCAGCCUCAAUCCUUCUGUGGAACUGGUGGUGUUGGUACCAUGAUCAGUUCUUCAUCCCCGAGCACAGCAUCCCCAUCAAUACCUAUUCUCUAUCUAUUCUGGGUGUGGGGCGUCUUCAUCCCUAUUUGCACUAGUCAAACAACCAUCACCUGGUGUCUAGUGCUUGAAAUCUUGGUGAAAGCUUUACCCACUUCCUUGGCAACUAAUCAUCGACAUUUUCGACGUUGUAUUCACUUAAGAACAAGAGAUCGUGUCGCGCAUCCAAUAAUAAAGUUUGCAAUAAACGGCACAAAGGGUGUUUAUCUUGCAAUUUUCCGCCAUGGAAUGAUGAUGAUGAAGUGUUGGUGUCGUCGUUGGUUAUACUGGUGGUGGUGGUGGUCGUGGAGGUGGAAGAGCGGUGAUUUGUGUUUUAGGUUAAACCAAGUGACGAAUAAUAAUAAUAAUAAUAAUAUUAAUAUUAAUAGUAAUCGUCAAAGAAAACCCAGGUGCCAGCGUUGUCCCAGAAGAAACUGUGAAUUUGGAUGGCAGCCUCGUCGUCGGAGGCGUCGAAAGCGACGAAAGAAACGUUUUUGUGCCUCCUGCCAUCAUUUUGGGUUUGAUCUCGAUCGAUCGACCUCCUGGAGGAAUCCGUCUUAAGGUCCUUAUAACUAGCGUGAGAGCGUAUGACGCGCGUAUGUGCAAUAAAACAACGAGGUCAUUAUAAGACCCCGUUAAAUCCUCGAUUGCGAGAGGAUCCGACUCUGCCAAGUUUAUCCUCCUGGACAAAAGGGAAAAAAAAGUGCUUUUGAAAGAGCCUUUAUAAAAUUAUAAUAACAUCUGUCCAGGAGGGCUUUUCGGAUAGAAAUAUCCAAAUUGAGUCGGGAAAAUACAAAAAGCUAGGCGAGAUUGUAUUUCUACGUUUUAAGGGAAUUAACGGAAAGGUAAAUUGUAAAAAAAAAAAAAUAAUAAUGAAGAAAUGGAAAAAAGAAAUCCAUAUUUAACAAAAAAAAAAAUGGGUAAAUUUUAACAAAAUGUGAAUUAACGGUUUAAGUAUGCCAGACUGAAUGAUUGAGAAAGAAAUGUGCUUGAAAAUAAAUUAGAUAAACAAAAUAAAUAGGAAUGGUGACGAUGCGAGUUGCAAAGCCAA